GGAAAAGAAAAAACAAAGAGAUUCCCUUUUCCCAUUCUUCUUCUUUUUUAUGUCUCUCUCUCUCCUAUUAAUCCUAAUGAUGUUGAAUAAGGAUGGUCAAGCUAAAAUCCAACAUCAAGAUACUCCUUUCUUUUAAAGUCAUACUUUUUCUUUAUUUAUUUAUUUAUUUCAUAAUAUUUUCUAUCCACACACUUAAAAACCCACCCACAACAUCCCAUAUUAUGUUCUCAAUCUAAACUAUGCUUCUACUCUUUACAAUUACAACUUGUAACAAAAGAGAAGUGGGUAGUGGAAAUUCUUUUUUUUACAUAUAAAAACAUUUUUAUUUCAUCACCAUCAGCAUUUUCAUCAUUAUCAUAAAAUUACAUGGUUGGGUUAAAAUGGAUACUUUGUUUAGACUAGUUAGUUUCCAACAACCACACCCACAACAACAGCAACAACAACAACAAUUCUCUUCUGAUCAAUCUUCCUUCAACAAUUCAUCAAAUUCAAGUUCUUCUUCUUCUUUUAGAUCAUCUAAACAAACCCAUCAUUAUUUCCACCCUAAUUUUAAUACCCAUCAUCAAUACCCUAAUCAAGAUCAAGAAGAAUGCUUCAACUUUUUCAUGGAUCAUGAAGAAGAUUUCUCUUCUUCUUCUUCUCAUACUAAACACCCACUUCCAAACCCACAUCAAAACCCACAAAAUCCUCCUAAUCAAUCAUACCCUUCUUCUCAUCAUCAUCAUCAUCAUCAUCAUCAAUACCAUUCUUCAACAUCUCCAUCCACAACAACCUCAACACCCACAAACACUAAUCCAACUAUAAACCCAGAUUUGUUCUCCGAUCCUUCUAUAUACCAUGGAAAAUGGGCAAACAACCUUCUUCUAGAAGCUGCACGGGCUGUUUCUGACAACGACACGGCCGUUCUCCACCAGCUCUUAUGGAUGUUAAACGAGCUCGGGUCGCCGUACGGCGACGUCGAGCAAAAGCUAGCGUCAUACUUCACUCAAGCGCUCUUCACUCGGAUGACUGACUCAGGUGAUCGUUGCUACCAAACUAUGCGAGUUGCAGCUGAUAAAUCGUUCUCAUUUGAGUCAACUCGGAAAAUGUUACUUAAAUUUCAAGAAGUUAGUCCAUGGACAACAUUUGGUCAUGUUGCUAGUAAUGGUGCCCUAAUUGAUGCACUUGAUGGAGAAUCUAAGCUUCAUAUAAUCGAUUUAAGCAACACUUUUUGUACACAAUGGCCUACCCUUCUAGAAGCUUUGGCCACACGUAUGGACGAUACACCCCAUUUGAAGCUUACGACUGUUUUAGAUAGUAAUGAUACGGGUGUUCAAAGAGUGAUGAAGGAAAUUGGGAGUAGAUUAGAAAAAUUUGCAAGAUUAAUGGGGGUACCCUUUAAAUUUAGGGUAAUACAUCAUGUAGGAGAUUUAUCUAAUUUGGAUUUUGGUAAUCUUGAUAUAAGGGAUGAUGAAGCUUUAGCUAUAAACUGUGUUAACUCGCUUCACUCAGUGAGUUUACAUAGAAGAGACGCGGUUUUGGCGGCUUUUAAAGGGGUGAAUCCGAAGGUGAUAACAGUUGUUGAGGAGGAAGCGGAUUUUGUGGGACCCACGGAAGAAGGGGAUUUUGUACGAGGUUUUUCGGAGAAGUUAAGGUGGUUUAGGGUUUAUUUUGAGGCGUUAGAAGAGAGUUUUAUGAGGACUAGUAAUGAGAAGUUGAUGUUGGAGCGGGCGGCGGGGAGGGCGUUGGUGGAUUUGUUGGCAUGUCCGGAGGCCACGUCAGCGGAGAGGAGAGAGAAUGCGGUGAGGUGGAUUGGGAGGAUUUCGGGUGCCGGGUUUGUACACGUGGCGUAUAGUGAAGAGGUUUGUGAUGAUGUAAGAGCUUUGUUGAGGAGGUAUAAAGAAGGAUGGUCAAUGGCACAGUGUUCAUCUGCCGGAAUAUUCUUGAAUUGGAAAGAUCAACCGGUGGUGUGGGCCAGUGCAUGGAAACCCUAGAUAUGGCCGGGUUAGCACGUGUGAACAUGAAUUUUAAAGCACCCUCGCACGUGUAUGUGUUUGUAUGUGUGUGGAGUUCUAAUGGGUUUGUUUCAUCAAGUAGGAAAAGCUAAGGGCAUCACUAAGAUGAUAUUAUUAUGAUGAUGAGAUUAUUAGGUUAUUAUGAUUUGGAUUUUGGAUAGGGUUUAAGAUAAUGCAUGAAUUGAUGAUGAUUAUGAAUUAACAUCAUAUAAUCUUUGGUGUGAUCAUUUUUUUUCUUUAAUUUGGAUUUGGUUAAUUAAUUUUCUCUUUUUAAUCACAUUUGUGAUUGAUAGUUUUCAAAAAAUAUGUUUAUGAUGAAGUUUUUAAUCAACAUUAUCUUGAUGUA